GAAGCCUACACCUGCACUGCUCUACAGAUUCACCCAAAUGACAGCGCGUUUCUGGCUCAGUGUAACGCAGGUUAUAUCACUGUUUUCUCUCAGAAAUCUCCUUAUAAGCUCAACAAAUACAAGAGAUUUGAAGGACAUUGUGUAAGUGACCAUUGUUCGUUAAUUAUAGUGCAUGUACAGUAGAUUAACCGGUUACAGAGUAGUACAUACUGUACUAUAAAUGAUCGUCAAUUAACCUUUCUCACGCCGCCAUUUUUGGAUGGCAUUUCAGCCGAGGUCUGCGAAAUAAGUCCACAUAACAGCGACUUUUUUGGACAAAUGAUGGUAAAUUUGCUUUGUAAAUGGUUAGUUUAUUUUGAAAAAUUGCUUUUCAUAUUGUUUUAAUUGUCUGCAUUGGUUAACGAGAAUUGGAUGCCACCCAAAAAUGGCGGAUAUUCGUCAUCGUGAGAAAGGCUAACUUCAACUAACUAACUAACUACAGUAUAACUAUAACUAUAACUUCAACAACUUUGUCUUCACGUUGACUAUAGCUGCCUGAGGAGUGCAUGAGGACUAUAAAUUGCGAUUAACGCACUCUGUGAGCACGUGAAAGUUGUUCUACAGUAUAUAGGCACUUCUGUUUCUUGACAUACAGCGAGCUAAGGAAGGAGAGUGACAAUUACGCGAGGACGAUGGCUGUCAACACAACUUUGAAUUCUGACUGGCGAUAUUCUUUAGUAAAUUAACACGAUGAGUAGUAAUACACAAUAUUUUUUUCAUACAAUCAAACGUGUCAAUGCAUUUGUUUGAUCAUCGUUAUUGUGGUACCAUCCUUCACGUUGAGUUUACGAUCUAGAGUAUACAUGUACGAGGUUCUACAAGUUAUCAAAACAAACCCGGCCAAUGCCAAAGAGUAACUAUGGUUUUAUGGUGAAAGAAAACCUGAUCAAAACUCGAAAUGUAGAAGUAAGCCUGUCAUAUCCUUGCUUCAAUUGCAUGCAUACGUUUGAAUUAAGCCUUUUAAGAUCUCUCCUAUCCUUUAACCACACCUAUACGCGCUAGGAUCAACUUCACGUGUACAUCACAACUACUGCAUGUACAUCAAUUCAGGUGCAAUGAAUUAUUUAAUAUACACAUGUGACUUUGCAGGUGUCAGGCUACCAUAUUGGUAUGGAUAUCAGUCCAGAUGGCAGUUUAAUAGCCAGUGGUUCAUCGGAUGGUUCACUAUAUGUUUAUGACUAUCGUACGUCGAACAUAAUCAAGACUUUUACUUUGGACUCAGGACCUUGUAUGGAUGUCGCGUGGAGUCCGACUGUUCCAUGUCUACUGGCAAGUUGUGAUUGGAAUGGCAAAAUAUUUCUGCACAGAUGA